GAUAUGGUAUAAAUACCCACAUCAUUGUACUGGAAGGCAGCAUAUCCUCAGUUGUGCUCCUACCCUAAGGAUAUACAGCAGCACCAGGAGAUCACUGGUGCUGAAGAGAUUGGUUUCCCCCCCUUUGGAUGCUGGUUUGACGUUACAAGAUGGACCUACGAGUAGCAAGCAUCCUCCUCCUCAUGGUGGCCUUCGCUGCAGCCCAUGGGAAAGGGUAUGUGGUGAAGAAGUUGGUGAAGGCCGCCCCUCAGUACCAGCCCUACUCUGUGAAGAGCCACGUGGUAUCAGUGGCAGGUGAGCCUGGUCCUCCAGGUGAGCCCGGCCCUGAGGGACCUCCUGGGCCUCCUGGCCCCCCAGGUGAGAGUGCUGAAGGUCUGCCUGGACCCGAAGGACCUCCUGGAGCUCCUGGAGCUCCUGGCCGCUCCAUCGCUGGCAAACCUGGAUCCCCAGGUGGACCUGGCAAACCUGGCAGCGACGGAGCUCCUGGUGACAAGGGAGACACUGGAGCCACUGGCCCUCAGGGACCUAGGGGAGUCCCUGGAUCUCCUGGAAGCCCUGGACCCGCCGGCCUCUCUGCUACUGGCAAACCUGGACCUGCAGGUUUACCUGGAUCAAUGGGACCUAGAGGCGAACCUGGUCUGAAAGGACAUCCAGGUGUACCUGGACUGCCAGGUGCUAAGGGUGAUAGAGGGGUGGGAGCUCCUGGACCUCAGGGUGAGACAGGACCUGAAGGACCCAUGGGCCCACCUGGAGAACCAGGUGAGGCUGGAGUUGGAAAGCCAGGAAAAGCAGGUAUGCCUGGUGAGCCAGGAAAGGCAGGUAGCCCUGGUAGGGAUGGUGCCACAGGUCCCAUGGGACCAAUGGGACCUAAAGGACACACUGGUGCCCCAGGUGUGGGUAUUCCAGGUAAAUCAGGUGAGAACGGUGCUCCAGGUCUGCCUGGCCCAGUUGGCCCUAAAGGCAACCAGGGACCUGGUGGAGCCCCUGGUGCCCCUGGAGUCCCCGGAUAUGGAAAGCCAGGUGCAAAUGGAGAGAAGGGAGAGAGAGGAGCUACAGGUAGCACAGGUGCCACAGGUGCAAAGGGUGAGCAAGGUCCAACAGGAUAUACUGGUGCUACUGGUGCAACUGGCCCCACUGGUCCUGCUGGACCUCAGGGUUCAAGAGGUUUCCCAGGUGAACCCGGUGCUGCUGGUCCUAAAGGGGACACAGGUGAAACUGGAGCUCAGGGACCCAAGGGAAACAAGGGAGAUCAGGGAGCACAGGGUUUCGCAGGCAAGCAGGGUUAUCCAGGCGCAGCUGGUCCUCCUGGACCCAGAGGGGCCACUGGACCCACAGGUGACAAAGGUAAUGUAGGUGCCCCAGGUACCCCAGGUGCCCCAGGCAUUCCAGGCCCUGCUGGACCCAAAGGUCAUCCCGGCCGUGCAGGUGAGCCAGGUGCCUCUGGUUCUGAUGGUGCUCCAGGUUCCAGAGGACCUGCUGGGCCUCAAGGUCCUGCUGGUGCUCCUGGCCUUAAGGGACAUCCAGGUCUCCCUGGUCCUGCCGGCCCUGCUGGUCUGGCUGCCAAGGGUCUCCCCGGACCUCAGGGUCCCCCUGGUCAGCCUGGUGAGCCUGGUGCUGAUGGAGAAAGUGGCCCAGCUGGCCCUCCUGGUCCUCCUGGUCCUCCUGGUGAGGUUGUUUUUGAGAAGGGCAUGGGAAUGGGUGAGGUUAUGGUCAAGUCCCCCAUGUCUGCUUUCACUGCAUCUCUGGCCACCCCCUACCCUGCUGCUGGCAGCCCCAUUAAGUUUGACCAAAUAGUGUACAAUGCUGAGAAUCACUAUGACCCUGAGAGUGGCAUUUUCACUUGCCAGAUUCCUGGAGUUUACUACUUCUCCUACAGCAUCCAUGUUAAUGGAGCUCAUGCACUGGUUGCUCUGUACAAGAAUGACCAGCCUGUUAUGUUCACUUAUGAUGAGUACAACAAGGGCUUCCUGGACCAGAUGUCCGGUAGUGCUGUCCUCUUGCUCGAUGAGCAGGACACAGUCUAUGUCCAGAUCCCCGAUGAUGAGGCCAGUGGUGUCUUUGCCGCCGAGAAUGUCCACUGCUCUUUCUCUGGGUUCCUGAUUGCCUCAACGUGAUACGUUGAUACAAUAGUUCCCAAAAGCCAACCAACUAAAUUUGCAAUCUAUUUCUCAAACUAAAGUAAACUCCCUGUUAAUUUUUUCCUCAACCAAACAGACAGGCAGUUCACCCUUCUUUGAGGAAUAGUAGUAUCUCGACUUGAAAAUUACAAGAAAUAGGUGCUUAGAAGAAGGAAAACUAAUUUAUGAAAACAGGUGAUCAGGGAUGGGGGAAGCAAUCCACAAAGUUACCAGUGAGCUUUUCUAAUGGAGACAGCAUGUGAAAUUGAGGUGUUAUAACUGUGUUGUGUCCUGACUUUUUCUUUUCCACUCUGUUCCUUUUAUACUGACUUCAACUGGUGAUUCUUAAUUUAGUGUUUGUCUGUUUUUUUUUUGUUUGUUUUUGUACCUGCUUGUUUUUGUUUGGGUGACCAAUAACCUUAUUAAAAGUACACAAAUACUUUCUGUUCAACAUGUUGUAACUGUUAUCCUUGUAUGUGACUUGAAUAUUGUGAAAUGGUAAUGGUCAAAUUGACCGUUAUAAUGAAAUAAGUCACCAGAAUACUGUCAUACAAACACAAACUACCAGCAACAUUGUUAUAUCCCUGAACAUGCAUUAUGUCAUGUAAAGCAUAAUGACCAAAAUAAAAGAUGUCUAAACAA